AAAGGUUGACGUAUUUCUUUGGUAAUGCGGUCUAGGUAACAAGUUCUGAGAGAGACAGAGAAAAGAUAGUUAUUUGUCUGCUGGAAAAGUGACUACAUUUACAAUGGACGUCUUCCUCAUGAUAAGACGGCAGAAGAUGACGAUCUUCACCGAUGCCAAAGAGACGAGUACUGUCCAUGAACUGAAGAAAAUCAUUGAAGGUAUCACAAAGAGAUCACCAGAUGAGCAGAAAUUAUUCAGGGAGAAGGAGGAACUAGACAACACUAAGACCCUCGGAGACUGUGGACUCACGAAUAACACAGCAAAAGCACAGGCCCCAGCAAUGCUUGGCUUGACUUUCAAGCUUGAUGGUGACACCGAUGAGUUUGAGUCGCUAGACCCAGUACCAUACUCCAAUCCUCCUGAGCUACCAGACGUUAUGAAGCCUACAGAUUCUAGCACAACAAACACAGUGGAACAACCUGUAUCAUAGAGCCCCAAUGAAAAGAUAGUAUCCUACGAAGAGGACCUAGGUCUUUAUAUCAACACAGCUAUACAUGUAUAUGAUAACAUUCUAUCUAGUAGCAUGUAGUGUAAGAUUGUUUGGCAAAAUCAAUUUCCACCAGAUGCAUAUUUGAUUGCAUUAUUUUAUUCCUCAAGUAAAUUUGAUCAUUUGGUUUUAUAAAUGAUCAAUGCACCAUUGAAGAGAUCUGGAAUGUUAUUAUUCAUGAAGUAAAAAGUAAAGGUUAUUUGAUGAACUCAAAAAUGCAUUAAAUAGAUAUCAACUUUCAUGAAGGAAAACAGCUGUUGAUAAAAUUGUUGAAGGGAUCCCUUGAAGUUAGCUUGUACCUGCGCCUUGAACACCCAGCAGGGUGGAUAUGUGCGCAUUACAAGUCUUAUUAUUAUUAUUAUUAUUACCAUAAUCCAUGUAUACAUGAAGGUUUUAGCUCCAGCAUCAUUGCUGUAGCAGAUAUUCCCCUAAAUAAACCGUAUUGAAUAUGACAUCACCGUUCAAAUAUUUGCCCUACAAGAUGGCGUCUGCGAGCGUGUGCGUGUGUGCGUGCUUGAGCCGUGGAAAUCAAACCGGAAAUGCUGCGUGCUGCGUGUUUCUUUGAUGUACGCAUUUAGACGCUCAUACGGUUUGACCUACAAGAUGGCGACUUUUAUAGCAGCAAAGGGGUUAUUCAAUACGGUCUAUAACUUGAUCUGCUAAGCAUUUAUUUUGUAUUGAGUCUGUUAUCGGCAAUGCAUGAUUUUUUGGCAUGAAAUUAUAGAACUGUAUGUAUUGACGAGAGGGCUAACUCUUGACUCCUCAUGCAAACAUUAUUGAAGCCUCCUUGAUGCGAUAACGUUAGAGGCAUGAGCAUGUCGUAGAACUAGCAUUGUGUUGAAACUGUGAAUGAGGGUUUGGGCUACAUAUGUAUGCAUAAGUACACACAUUCUGAAGUGUAUUAAUUUUGGUUUUUUACCCAUACACCGAUGUGUGUUAGCACUGUAUACUCAGUACUUUCCCAAGUCC